AUGGUUUCUGAGGCAAAGCGAGUGUCGCGUGCCUGGGGUGCGGCCUUGGAGACAGCGGUCAAGGGGUGCGGGAGGGCUUCCAGAAAUGUUCCAUGGAGGAGGGGAUUAUGCACUGAGGGUUUGCAGUCGUUGUGGAGUCAUGCAGGCCAAGUGCCUGUUUCAUAUGGCAUCAGCAUCGACGACGACGCAGAAAUAAUAUUGGGACGGGCACACGUUGAGCUCCAAGUCGGGGCCAACAAGGCUGCGAUGGCGAGAAAUUCGGACGAUGCCAAGAAAACACUCUCCCACUUGAAACGUGCACCGAUAAACGAGCCCUUGGAAGCUCGCACCACCGUCCAACGGCGCUGCGCACGUCAACCGCCAGACUGCUCACGGAUAUCUCCUUACUCAGCCGGCCGCGCGGGUUGUCUCCAAGUGCAUCGGAGGGGGAAAGCUACUCCAGGCAAGGGGAUGAGAGGGAGGAAAUGCCAUUGCUCCUCGCCCAAUUCCAUGCUUGAGCGGGCUCGAAAGUCGAGAAACAAGCUGCAGCCCUUUAUAGAGCACACCAGGCCAAUCACGGGCGGGCAGUGGCGCGAAGGUUGUUGGAGAAACGGGUCAUGGCUCGGCCAUUCUGAAGCGCCUAAGGUGUUUCAGCUUGGGGGUCUUUCCCACUCAGGAGGUGGGCGCCGCUGUGAGGACAGAGGAGAGGCACAUUCGCCUGCCCGCACGGAGGUAGCGCCUCUGCUGUGUGAGGAGCGGAGAGAGACAGAGACGAAAUAUCACCUGCCCGCCCGCAGCCUCCGUGUCCUCAAACGCACCGUGAUUCCUGAGCUUGACAGACUUGAAUGCUCGCCCGUUUUGGCCUCCCUAACCCUAGCCCGAGCCUGUCCCUCUCAAGUCACCACCAUCCGUCGCCCUCCUCACUCCUUCACCCUCCCAUCUUCGCAUCUUUCAUCCUUUCCCCUUUCUUUCCUCCCCGCCGCCGCCUCUGUGUCUAAUCGCCAUUUUUGCUUAAUCCCUAUUUCCCUUCCCUUCUCCAGGCCACAUUCACCACCGAGCCCACGACCACGCUUUCUGGCCUGCGCCGCGGCACUCAAUUUUCACGCCGACUCUGUCACUCCUUCAUCAGUCCCGCCCGUCUGCGUUGGAUCCGCUGCCCGCUUUACACAAUUCGGUCCUGCCGACAUCUGCACGUCCGCCGCCUGCGAUCUGCCCGCAAUUGCACCCGCACUCGCACUCGACAGAGCUGCCUGCGCUGCACAUUGCCUGCCAUCUCCUGCGCCCGCCAUAGGCCAUUGUCAAGUCCCUCGUCAGCCGGCCUGGAUUUUCGGAGGCACCACCUUGUACAUUCAACCCAAUUCCACCGUCACCACUGCAUAUAGGCUUGACGUUCAGCUGAGUCCGGUCUUGCUGGCAAUAAUCUCCGCCUCACAUUCCUUUGGCCGGUACCAACUACGUUUUUGCCGUUACCCUGGUUUUGGUAAACGAGAGUCUCUACGACCAUUUUUCUCGCAGUACUAG